AAGCCAGCAGGCGAGGAAGCUGCGGCGAGCAAUUUGUAACAUAACAGCAGAUAAAAGCCGGAGGACCGGUCAGGUGACUUCCCCGGGCUGCAGCAAUCCAUGCUUGACUGGUGCAGGCGUGGAAGCUGCGGCGAGCAAUUUGUAGCAUAACAGCAAAUAAAAGCCAGAGGACCGGUCCGGUGACUUCCCGCAGGCUGCUGCAAUCUAUGCUUGACUGGUGAUGCCUUCAGCACAGCAGACGACACUCGAGAAAUCGACUUAUGUUGGUCUCAAGAUAUGCAAAAAAUGACGAACGGUUUUUGUUUGAAUCAUUAUAUCAAAAGGAUCAGGCCAGACAGAGCUCAGAGACCCUGUUACAUCUGAUCCAAGAAGUAAAAUGAAUGCUCCCAAUCCUUUGCUCAUUUUGUUCUACCUCUCAUGUCUCUUUCUCUCUCCAAAUCCAAUCACGGGAACCUUCCGUACCACCGGAGAAGUCGGUGUUCUAUCUACGAGUACGCGGUGGAUCGUAGACCAGAGUGGGCGUCGCGUUAAGCUGGCCUGCGCGAACUGGGCGGCACACUUGGAGCCGGUGGUGGUGGAGGGGCUUGGUAAGCAGGCACUAAAACACAUCGGAGUUCGGUCCAUGGGGUUCAACUGCGUGCGGCUCACUUGGCCCGUCUAUCUCGCUACCAGAGCUUCCGUUUCCUCGCUCACCGUCAACGAAUCCCUCCUCCACCUCGGCCUCGUCGAGUCGGCAAAAGGCAUCGCCUUCAACAAUCCCCAUAUGCUGAACCUAACCCUCAUCGAGGCCUUCAAGGAUGUGGUCUCCAUUCUCGAUCGCCACAACAUCAUGGUAAUAUUGGACAACCAGAUUAGCACUCCUGGUUGGUGCUGUAGCCGAUUUGAUGGUAACGGUUUCUUUGGAGACGAAUACUUUGAUCCCGAUGAAUGGAUUGCAAGCCUGAAAAUAAUGGCAGCAACCUUCAUCUCUUCAAGCAACGUUGUUGGCAUGAGCCUGAGGAAUGAACUUAGAGGACCAAGGCAAAAUGUCACCACGUGGUACAGGUACAUGCAAAUGGGAGCUGAAGCAGUGCACUCUAUGAAUCCCACUAUUCUCGUCAUACUUUCAGGCUUAGAUUAUGAUAAAACCCUCACCUUUCUAUACGAUAAACAAGUGGAGUUGACAUUCAAAGGGAAGCUUGUUUUCGAAUUGCAUUGGUAUGGUUUUUCAGAUGGCGGAAACUGGGAGAGUGGAAACAUCAAUGUUGUGUGUGGAAAUAUAUCGAAUAGUUUGUUGGUUAAAGGUGGUUUUCUACUAGAGCAGGGCUGGCCCUUGUUUCUGUCUGAGUUUGGGGUGGACAUAAAAGGUAACAAUCCAGGCGACAAUCAUUUCCUGAGCUGCUUCCUGAGUGUGGCAGCUGAACUUGACCUAGACUGGGCCAUCUGGGCAUUACAAGGAAGCUACUAUAUGAGAGAAGGUCAGGUAGAUUUUGAUGAGACCUAUGGCGUGCUAAGUUCGGAUUGGAGCAAGCCAAGGAACCCAAACUUUCUACAGAGAAUUUCAGCAAUACAAUCUCCUUUCCAAGGCCCAGGUCUUUCUGAUAGUUCGCCUUACAAUAUGAUAUUCCAUCCACUGACCGGGCUCUGCGUCCUGCAGAACAACUUGAAUGGGAAACCAGUUCUUGGUUCUUGUUCUGAAUACGAGGCCUGGAACUACACAACAGAACAACAACUAGUGCUUAAGGAUUCAGGACUAUGCUUGAAUGCUGAGGAUGAGGACAAUGAGGUAAAGUUUGGAACAAACUGUGAAAGUUCCAGUUCAAAGUGGGAGCUUCUAACAGAUUCACAGAUGCUCUUUUCGACGAAAACUGGUAAGGAUGGCAACAUCGUAUGCCUGGACAUAAACCUUAAUAACACCAUAAUCACUUCCUCAUGUAAGUGCCUUGUUGAGGAAGGGCCAUGCAGUGCUGAAAGCCAGUGGUUCAAAAUUGUUUAUAGCAGUAGAGAAGGUAGUUCAUCUUUUCCAAAAUUGCUUUCGGUUUAGCCAAGCGAACUUGCAUUCCUGUUCGGUUGUUUUUUAUGAUUUUUGUUGAACGUUUUUUUCUUUUGUAAAAUUCGGAGUUGCCUCAGAAAUAU